UGUUCUCGUAGAAAAAUAAUUAAGUUUUCUGCAAUGGGAAGACAACCUUGCUGCGAGAAGGUUGGAUUGAAGGUAGGUCCAUGGACUAUUGAAGAAGAUCAAAAGCUCAUGAAUUUCAUCCUCAACAAUGGGAUUCAAUGCUGGCGACUUGUCCCAAAACUUGCAGGCUUGUUAAGGUGUGGAAAGAGUUGCAGAUUAAGAUGGAUGAAUUAUCUGAGGCCUGAUCUCAAGAGGGGAGCCUUGACAGAAGCAGAAGAAGAUCAAAUAAUCGAACUUCAUUCUCUUUUGGGUAACAGGUGGUCCAAGAUUGCUGCACAUUUCCCAGGUCGUACAGAUAAUGAGAUAAAAAACCAAUGGAAUACCAGAAUCAAGAAGAAACUAAAGCUCCUUGGUAUAGAUCCCCAUACCCACAAGCCUGUUGAGAAAGGGAAGGAUUUUGAUACGGAAGAAGGUAGGCUGCAGCCUGCAGAACCAUCCAAGGAAGAGCUGAAAUUGCAUGAUAACUCAGGUUCCAUUGGUAAUCUACGGAUAGAAAAUGAUCCGGUAGUUCAUCGUUGCUCUUCAGGGCAGGAUUCAAAUUUAGUAGUCCAAAAAAACUUGGAUGCUGCAGGAUCUGUUUUAACCCCACGCACCGAUCAAUUUGAAUCAUUUUCUUCAAGAAUUGAUGAAUCAAUCCUGCAGGAAAAUUCUCACCAGCAAUGGAUUGAUAAUGUGGAGGACUAUUUGCUGUCAUGGGAUGGGUUUAGCAAUCUGGAAGAGAUAUUUCCUUUGGACAGCCACCAAUAAUAUUGUGGAUUGUCCAUCUUUCUGCCUGUUUAUCAAUGGAAAUGUUAUAUGUAUUUCCAAUGCUUACUGAUGAUUAAUUAGAGGCAUGUAAAGUCUCAAAUUUAGAAAAAUGAUGGACACACAUUGUAAUAGGAU